GUAUAUUUUGAUGCUAAGACUUGUGUACUUUAACUUAAGUCAGAUUUUGAAUGCAGGACUUUACUUGUAACAGAGUAUUUUUACACUGUAGUGUUGCUACUUUUACUUAAGUAGAAGAUCUGAGUACUUUCACAGCUGUGCAUCAUUGGAUCAUUAUCUUUGUAAGUGGUACUUUCAUGUUGUUACUGGCCGAGGUGGCAAGUAAAUUAAUCUAUAACAAUGCAUCAUUAUUAUAAACUGAUAAUUUUAUGUAAAAUUAUAAACUAGUAACUUAUUUAUCUGUAAAAAAAAAAAAGAGUAAAAAGAACAUUUUUUUCUCCCUGAAAUGUAGUGAAGUAGAAAUAUAAAGUAGCAUAAGACAGAAAUACUCAAGUACAGAAUCUGAGUAAAUGCUUCUUCCCACCACAGAUGUGUACUUACUGGGGAGGCCGCCUGGUGGUCGUUGUGGUCCUCCUCUCCAGCAGAUGUCACUUUCACUCUGGCUAAACUUCGGAGGAGCUACGUGUUAAAGUGGAGAGGAAAAGACCUCAGCGUGAGAGAUUUCUGUCUGAUGGAUGUUGCUACCUGAUGCAACUUGUCAAGAGUUACAUUUGAAGAGAAAACAGCAUGUUUGGAUGAAACAGGGCAACAACCCAACAGGCUUUAAAACAUGUCAGCAGGCAAGUAAGAAGCGUGAAGUUUAACAUCACCACCCGCCGGAGACAGCUGCGUGUUUGUUUGCAACAUAAACCACCGUUUGUUCUUCUGCAGCUAUGAGUGAUUUUAAGAUUUACGGAGAGGUCGUGCGUAAAAGUGCGCGCUUCUCCGAGGCGCACCACACUCGCUUCCCGUACUAUCCUCAUCUUCAUCUUCAUCGGAUCUAGAGCUGUCAGCCGUCAAACCCACUGAAAAUGGCUGUGCUCCGUCCCGACCGGAGGGGCUCCAGUCCGCCUCUGACGGGGUUAAUGUGCGUUUUGUUGCUCGUUUUCGCCUCUGCUGCGUCCGCGAGUCGUGAUGUUGUUUCGGGAAACAACGAGACGACAGGGAAUGACUCCCUUCGCCAAACUAACUCCACUGCUCACAAAAAGGCUUUCCCCGUCCUCUCCUUCAACUACGAGCACGUCAGGAAGCCCUUUGAGAUCUCUCUGUGGAUCCUCCUGGCCCUGCUCAUGAAACUUGCUUUUCACAUUAUUCCCACGGUGUCGAACGUUGUCCCAGAGAGUUGUCUGCUGAUCUUCGUUGGUCUGCUGGUGGGCGGCUUCAUCAAAGCCAUCGGAGAGGAAGCCCCCGUCCUCGACUCCAAGCUCUUCUUCCUCUACCUGCUGCCUCCCAUCAUCCUCGAUGCCGGAUACUUCCUGCCCAUCCGGGCCUUCACGGAGAACAUGGGCACCAUCCUGGUGUUCGCGGUGGUGGGGACUCUGUGGAACGCCUUCUUCAUCGGCGGGAUGAUGUACGCCGUGUGUCAGAUUGAAGGAGCCAGGCUGGGCAGCGUGGACCUGCUGUCCUGCCUGCUGUUCGGCUCCAUCAUCUCGGCCGUGGACCCCGUGGCCGUCCUGGCCGUGUUCGAGGAGAUCCACAUCAACGAGCUGCUGCACAUCCUCGUGUUCGGGGAGUCGCUCCUCAACGACGCCGUCACUGUGGUUCUGUAUCACCUGUUCGAGGAGUUUUCCCACGCAGGAACUGUGACUGUGGUCGACGCCCUCCUCGGUGUGGUCUGUUUCUUCGUGGUUUCAGUGGGAGGCCUCAUGGUGGGAGGCAUCUACGGCCUCCUGGGUGCCUUCACUUCCCGCUUCACCUCGCACACCCGAGUCAUCGAGCCCCUGUUCGUUUUCCUCUACAGCUACAUGGCUUACCUCUCUGCUGAGGUCUUCCAUCUGUCGGGGAUCAUGUCGUUGAUAGCAUGUGGCGUGAUCAUGCGGCCAUACGUGGAGGCCAACAUCUCCCACAAGUCGUACACCACCAUCAAAUAUUUCCUGAAGAUGUGGAGCAGCGUGAGCGAGACGCUCAUCUUCAUCUUCCUCGGUGUUUCCACGGUGGCAGGUCCUCACGCCUGGAACUGGAUUUUCGUCAUUUUCACCGUGAUCCUCUGUCUGGUGUCAAGAGUGCUCGGAGUCAUUGGCCUCACAUACAUCAUCAAUAAAUUCCGUAUUGUGAAGUUGACCAAAAAGGACCAGUUCAUCGUGGCCUACGGUGGCCUGCGAGGUGCUAUAGCCUUCUCACUGGGGUUCCUGCUGACCAACAACGAGAUGAAGAACAUGUUUCUCACCGCCAUCAUCACAGUCAUCUUCUUCACUGUCUUUGUGCAGGGAAUGACGAUCAGGCCUCUGGUGGAGCUUCUGGCAGUGAAGAAGAAGAAGGAGAGCAACAGAUCGAUUAAUGAGGAGAUUCACACACAGUUCCUGGAUCAUCUCCUCACAGGAAUUGAAGACAUCUGUGGUCAUUAUGGACAUCAUCACUGGAAAGACAAGCUGAACCGCUUCAACAAGGCCUACGUGAAGAGGUGGCUGAUCGCAGGCGACCGCUCCACCGAGCCUCAGCUCAUCUCCUUCUACAACAAGAUGGAGAUGAAACAGGCCAUGAUGGUGGUGGAGAGUGGGAGCUCCGCCAAGCUGCCCACAAUUGUAUCGUCCGUCUCCAUGCAAAACAUUCAGCCAAGAGGGCCGGCCAGACGACGGGCGAUCCCGAGCAUCUCGAAAAGUCGUGAGGAAGAGAUCAGAAAGAUCCUGCGAGGCCACCUGCAGAAGACCAGACAGAGGCUUCGUUCCUACAGCAGACAUGACCUGAUGAUCGACCCGUUUGAGGACAAUGUGAGUGAAAUUCGCUUCAGGAGGCAGCGGGUGGAGAUGGAGAGGAGGAUGAGUCACUACCUCACAGUUCCUGCAAACCGCCAGGAAACAACGCCAGUGAGAAAAGUCUGCUUUGAUUCAGAGCACCAGGUUUACACUUACGAUGACGGCGAGAGCCCCAGAGGCCAGACAGCUCGGCCACAUCCCAGCCCUCCUGAUGCCGUCAGCCUGUUGAACGAAUCACCCCAGAAGACCAAUCAGAGCAGCGCUCUGAAAGGCGACGCUCAGCUGAGGGCAAAAGUGGCAGACAAGCAGGAGGAGCAAGACCAACUGAAACUAUCACGCUGCCUUAGUGACCCCGGUCCAAACAAGGACGGGGACGGGGAUGGCGCCUUCCUCUCAUGAUAAUAUUUACAGUUCAUGAUCCCCUCAUGUCAUCUGUUGUAUUCAAAGAGUGGAGAUCCCUGAAUGAAUGAGAGUCCUAUCAGACCUUGAUAUUUAAGAAUUUAAAGAGUUGGAAGUAUUAUUCUUUCCCAUGUUCUGUUUUUGUGAUAUGAGAUUAUGCAAAUUGUUCUUUUUUCCAGCAUUUUGGGGGAAAAUCCUCCGUAAGUUCAUAAAGAUUUUUAUCAUGUAACACAUUACCAAAGCAUGCACCACUGGCCAUUUGCUAUUUCGGGAUUGUAUUACAGCCUGAAUUGUGCCAAGUGUCAGCAUUUUGUGUCUUAACAAGCAGACUUGCAUCAAAUAGUACAAAAAAAGACAAAGCACUUGUUUUAACAAGCUUGGAGCACCAGAUGGGUGGAGUUUACCCCCUCAAAGCACAGUGUAAGGAAUCUAUAAAGUAGAGCUCGAGCAAUAAAUCUGAUAUUAUGGCCGAUAUUAGCCUAUUUCAGUAUUAGCAUAUAUAUCGGCCGAUGAGUAACAAGAAAUUGCUGCACAGAAAUACCAAAGAAAAUGUUUAGGUAUUUUAGAAACAGUCUGCCCAACGCAAAGUUUGUCUACCAGAGAGCUCUGACAAGUUUGUUUUUAGCCAUGCUAGCGGCUCUGUGGAUGGCAAUGUCGGCCCACCACUUUGGUCCAAACAAAAUAUCUCAACAACACUGGAUGGAUUGCCAUGAAAUUUGGUACGCAUUCAUGUUGCCCUCAGGAUGAAUUGUAACUUAAGUGAUUUUUCAUCUGACGACAUCAUCGGGUCAAAUUUUUUAUUUGUCCAAUAUUUUGGUUUAUGACCAAAUACCUGCAAAAAUUAAUGACAUUCCCAUCAGCCUCAGCUGUACUUUUAGUGCUAAUUAGCAAAUUUAAGCAUGCUAAAACACUGAAUUAAGAUGGUGAACACAGUAAACUUAUACCCUCUUAACAUCAGCAUGUUAGCAUGAAGGCGUGGUGAAAAGCCUGCAGUCAUAGAGAGGGUGGAGAGACCCGAUAUUGUUUGAAUAUUGGGAUAACAGUAAACAUUUUCAGACAGUCUCUCCUGGAAGACAUUCAUAGUGUUGCAGUCGGUUGUUCAAAUGAAAAGUGAUGAAAAAAAGAGAGCUUGAGAGAGGAGUUGAAACCUUGUCAUCACAGGGUGAAGUGAAUGUGCCUUAGGUCUUUUUUUUACUAUAAAGGGUCUCACUCUUUACAUAUCUUGGUCAAAAUUCUCCAAAAAACUAAUUUUAGCAUAUGAUGCCCUUAUCCAAAACAUUUGUUUCUAUAUCAUUAUCAAAAAUGUUUAAACUCAAAUAUCAAUAUCGGUAUCUGCCUCAAAAAUCCUUAUCAAUAGAGCCAAACUAUCAAGUAUAAACAUCUACAAGAGGGUAAAACUUCCUGUGAUUGAAAAUGUGUUUUGCACUGUUAAAAGUACCCUGGUGAAAUAGAAAGCACAAAUCUGGUGAUCCAAGAAUGUUAAAAUAACAUAAAAGUCAAGAAUAAACUGCAAAUAUUGUUUGACCGAGGUCUGUGAACAAGCUUAGCACUAACAUCGCUGCAUGCCUGUUCAGUGUUUUCUCAGGGACUGUAACAUGGCACAGUAUUAACAUAUGCCCUCUGCACAAAGAAAAUAAGUGUUUCUGUCCGAAACGUGCUCCACCCUUAUCUGUUUAUGACGUGUCUGUUUUGUAAGCUUACGUGUUUGGACUGCUAAGAGCUUCUGUAACAUUCCAGCGGUGAUCGAGUUUGUCGACUUUUUUGUAACGAAGCUCUACAUAUCUGUGUUCCUGGUAACUGAGCAUGCUUGGAGACCUUUAUUGGGAGGUUAAAGAGGUGAAUCACAUUUUCAUAUCUGCACAGCACUGAACUGUCUGAGCUUUUGCUGCCUGCACAUGUUGGCCUUAAAAUGUAUUUGCUUUCUGUGUGUUUGCCAGUUGAAGUAUUUUUAUAUUUUGAAAAUGUCCUCAAGUCAUAAAUAUUUGUCAAAUGAAGCUUUCAUUUCUGUCUGAAAUAAAGGUAUGUCAUUGCCUAA